GUAGCUAGUUAUUUAACAAGCAAUUUUGGCUUAGGCUUCUUUGUACAUACCGUUCAAGCACGCACGCGCAUUCACACAUACGUGCAUUCAUAAGGCAUUUAAGUCCAAAAUGAACCUCACAAACGAGAAUAAUAAUUACUGUAUUGUAAUAAUGAUAAUAAUAAAAGUAACAAUAACAGUAAUGACAUCAACAGAUUUCAGGACUUGAACCCAUCAGGUAAUCCGUGUGACAUGCGGUGAUAAUGAAUGUGCUGAUGGUUGUGUCGGUGUGAUGUUGGUGCCACAUGGUUGUGCAUCAUUAUAAACAAUAAAAAGCCUCCCUCCCUGCCUCCCCCUCUGUGGUCUCAAACCUGCGUCCAUCAGGCCUUACGGAGAAAUAAACAGGCCACCACCAGCUUCUCUGCUGCUUCAAUCCACUCUUUCUGCUGAACGUCCUGCAGAUCCGCGUGUGCGUGUACGCGUGCGUGAGGGGGCCUCCUCCCUGGACGAAUCCGUUCCAUGUUGCGCGCUCGAGUCCGCCUCUCCGCGCCCCUGCUUACUCGUUGACGCACUUUUUAAGCGUCUUCCCACUUCGCCACCUUAAGGCGAGCAGCAGCAGCAGCAGCAGCAGCGGCAGCAGCAGCAGCAGCAGUGGUAUAGAGGCAGAGGCAGCGACCAAUCACCAUGUCAUUCCAGUCUACAGAGGAAGCUGUUUAUGGGGCUGCAGCGCUAAUUAUCCUCAUGAACUAACAAAUCUGCCUGCACCGAGCCGCCGAGGACAACAUCCCAUCCAUGGAUUAGUCUGGAAGCAGCUUCUUUCGUUUCUGGGCCUUUUUCUCCACUCUCUCUCUCUGUGUCCGACCUCCACCUCCUUUAUUUCACCCACUUUAUUCCACAAACUUUGUCACUGCACUUCUAGCCGGGUGUGGAGUAUUUUUCUUCAAAGUCACAGCGCACCGGCGGCUUCGACUUAAACUGGGGAACCUGGACUUUCAGACAAUGUUCCAACCCACACCUAAGAGGUGUUUUACGAUAGAGUCUUUAGUGGCCAAGGAUAAUCCGGUCCCUUCGUCCCGCUCCGAGGAGCCCAUCAGGCCGGCGGCUCUCAGCUAUGCAAACUCCGGACAGAUGAACCCCUUCCUGAACGGCUUUCACUCCGGCGGCAGGGGCGUCUACUCCAACCCGGACUUGGUGUUCGCGGAGGCGGUGUCUCAUCCGCCCAACUCCGCGGUCCCUGUGCAUCCCGUGGCGCCGCCGCACGCUCUGGCCGCGCACCCGCUGUCCUCCUCACACAGUCCGCACCCUCUGUUUGCCGGCCAGCAAAGAGACCCCUCAACUUUCUACCCCUGGUUAUUACACAGAUAUAGAUACUUGGGACACAGGUUCCAAGGUAAUGAAACGAGUCCGGAGAGCUUCCUAUUGCACAACGCGCUGGCCCGAAAACCCAAAAGAAUCCGCACAGCCUUUUCACCGUCACAACUGCUGCGGCUCGAACACGCGUUCGAGAAAAACCAUUACGUAGUGGGAGCAGAGAGGAAACAGCUCGCCCACAGCCUUAGUCUCACGGAAACUCAGGUAAAAGUGUGGUUUCAGAACAGGAGGACGAAGUUCAAGCGGCAGAAGUUGGAGGAGGAGGGUUCGGAGUCUCAGCAGAAGAAGAAGGGAUCGCAUCACAUAAACCGGUGGAGAAUGGCGACCAAACAGGGGAGCCCGGAGGAGAUUGAUGUCACCUCGGACGAUUAAAAUCAAAAACACGAGACUAUAAUCAUAAUGAUAAUAUAAUCGCCCGAGUGAAGGGGGACACGAGAGGGCAACAAAAGCCAACGUCACAUUUCAGAUCUGCGGAGUUCGGCAGCUGAGGGAGGUAGAAACCCGGACUGGUGGCAACUGCUGUCACCAAAAAUGGAAAAUGCCCCAUCACCACCACCACCACUACUACUGCAACCCAGCAUUUUCCACCUCGAACCAUUACUUUCCUCCAAUCCAUACUGGACACUUUGCACUUCAGAAGUAUCCCUUUUUAUAUAAAAGAAGAAGAAGAAGAAAAAACUUUCCUCUGAAGAAAACCAAAACACCAAACUGCUUUUGUAAAACAUGAAAUGCAUGGAAUAGUCCCCCCCCCCCCCUUUCCCGGUAGUUGUUUUAAUUUGACGUUUAAAGUUUUCUCCGACCAAGAGGAAAAAGAAAAAAAAGUUUCUAAGUCUAUUUUCCAACAGAGAGGUGUCGUGCUUCUUCAUUUUUACCAAGUGUGCAGUCUUUCAUUCAUGAUUCUCGUGUAAAAGUGAUUGUGGAAAAAAAAUGAAGUAGCGGUGCUGCGUUUUAGUGGUUUUUUAAUUAAGAAAGGGAAAAACGAAAAAAAGGGACUUUGCCGUUUUUGAAUCAAAUCUGAGGAGAAAGGAGAAAUAUCAGGACAUUCCUUUGAGCCAAAGCUUUACCGACCUUCUGUCAGGACAGUCGAAGUUGCCACGAAGGACUAAAAAACAAGAAUUAAGGAAAAAAAAAAGAUAAAAAAAAAUAACUUCAAGCACUGAGCGUAUUCCAUGUACAGAAAUGCUACGAGUCAAUGUUUGUGUUGGACCCUCUUUUCACAGAAUGUAAAUAAUUCUUUGUGUUUGUGUUAAGUUUGCUACAAUUUUAACACAAAGUAUACUUCCAAGAAGUAUGUUAAUGUCAAUAUUUUGUCAAUAAAGUUUUAUCAAUA